UAUCUAGUUUAUUUAGAUGUAAUGUACUGCAAAAAUAAUGGAGCCGACACAAGAGAAAAAUCAUUACCUAUUAUAUUUGAGAUUUCUAGAUAUUAUAUUAAUAAAUCUUAUGGUUUGACUUGCAAAUAGAAUAGUUAAUCUAAAAUUAUUUAAUUUUCAAAAAUAGCAAAACAAAAUACAGAGGUGCUAAACUGUCAACCUUUUGUUGGCAAGAAUUUUUGAGAAUGUUUUUAGUCAUGUCGGUAAUAUGGAGAACAGGUUGGGUAGUCUUGAAUUUUGCAUAGUGGGGUUAUUUUUUGGUGCAAAAUUUUUUUGUAGAGAAAUUUCUCAUUUGAACAUAGUUGAAUAAUUAAUCUGCCAAAUAUUUGCUAUAUAAUAUAUGAUGUGUUUGUGGGUUUAAUUUUUUCCCUUAGCUCUUCAUAUUCUUUGUUUUAUCAUGUGUCUGUUUGUAUGAUGUAAUGGAAUGUGAUGUUGUUUUGAUUUAUUUUUUCUUUUGCACAUGAACAUCCAUAAGUCUAGAAAUGGAGGAAUCGGAUGAAAAUAAUAGAGUCAGAUGGAAUAAUAACGAAGUAGAUAAAUGUUUCCUCGAAUCGUGUAUCCAAGAAGUUGCUUUAAAUGGUAGAGAAGGGGGAAGUCUUAAGGCGGAAUCUUGGAGCAAGAUUAUGAAUACUCUCAAGAAUAAUUAUAAUUUUGUGGUUUCUCAAAGACAAAUGAAGAAUAGAUACGAUUACUUAAAACAAAAGUAUCAAGCUUGGUUGCCUUUAACUAUGAAAACAGGCAACAUUUACAAUCAUGCGACCAACACCAUCAACAUGACAAAGGAUGAGUGGACGGAGUAUAUAAAGGCGCAUCCUAAAGCAAAGAGUUUAAGACUUGCACCCUUACCAUAUCCUAACCUUUGUAGAGCACUAUUUGAUGGAACCACUGCUACAGGGGUUCAUUCUUGGGGACCUAGUUCCCAAGAUCCAAAUCCUGGCACUAGUUCAUUUUCUUCGACUGUUCGAAAUACGGUACAAAAUGACAUAGAAGAUAUUUUGUUUGGUGAUGAAGGCGAAUAUUUUGCCCCUACUACAGAGACUCAGUCUAAUGAUUCCAGCCGUCAGUCUCAAGAAGAAAAGCCUAAAAAGAAAAAGAAAAAAAUUCAACCUUCUUCUAGUGAUAACAAUUUAGUAGAAGAGAUGUCGGCUGCUCUGAAGUUUAUGAUAAAAAAUAAUAGCGGACCUUCAGUUACAGAUUGCAUUGCUAAAUUGGAUGAACUUGGAUGGGAUAAAGAAGACAACUUAUAUGUUUCAGCUGUUGUAAUCUUUGGUAGUUGUGCAGGACAUAGAGAAGCUUGGGUGGCGCUCCCUAAGGAUAAUGUGGGAGUUCUGAAAGCGUGGAUUAAAAGAAUUGGACGAAAUAUGGGAUUUGAAUUUUAACUCGCAUGCAAUGGAUUAUUUAUCAAAUUUUAAAAAUUUAGUAGUAUUUUUUUAUUUAUGAUUGUGGAUUUAUUUGAAGUUUCGUAAGUCAUUAUAAGCUUUUUAUGCUGUUAGUUUCAUUUUUUAGUAACGAUAGACUUGUUUACUUGCUACGUUUUUAAUAAUGAUAGACUUGUUUUACAUUUACCUUGUCAAUUGAUUUCGCUUUAUGAUUCAAUAUUUUGCUUAUAAAAUGUACAUACUCAAAUGUUGUACUGU